GCUUUGUUCUUUAGGGUCCCACACCGAAGGUGCGCUCGUUCUCUUGCACCUAAUCCUGCAAUGACGUCGCCCACCGCAGGGCCCGACACACAGCGGAGACAAUGGUGACCUCACCCGAGCUAGUCGGCCCGCUUCUCCCCGCUGGCGGCACCCUUGAUUGACAAGCAAGCAAGGUUCCGCAAUGCGGCCGCGAAAUUCGCGUGAGAAUCGACGCACGAACAAGGUUGCGCCUGUCCCGGGUUCGGCAACAGCGGAUCGCGGAUUUGCUUCAGGCUCUCGCGGAUACAGUCGUAAAUUUGCAGUCGUGGUAACUUUGGGGUGCAAUGAAUUGAUGUACGUGCGCGGUUGGUGAUUUGACCCGCCGGGUAGUACCAUGUCGGGGAAGUGAACGGAAGCCGGGCGAUGGAUUUCUGAUUUUCUGACAUGGCCUUUGGAGGCGGAUGGCCACAUAAUGCGACGACCCAUGCUAGGGCCGUAGAUGAAUGCUAAGCGAGAGCAGAGCGAACCGAGGGGCAGGGAGGGCAGGGCAGGAAGGGGCAGGCGCUCAGGGCUGCGCUGGGCACGGGAGCGGAGAGCAGGACAAAGCUGGGGCCCGACAUUUGAGGUCGUUUUGAGGUACGCUCGCUCUUUUGCUCAUGGACGGGCCGCGAAUCAGCCAUCAUCCUUGAAGCCGCACCGAUCGGGACAAGGGGGAGCAGCUCGCGGGAGGUCAAGGGUUAACUCGGAACGUGAGAGAUCGCCCAGCAGAUCUUCCGAGAUGCGAUGCAAUGUCACAUGUUCACGCUCGCGCUGCUGCUGAAAGUUGGGCGGAGUCAAAUUUCAGGCCACGCAGGGCAGAUUGAAACGACGCCAAGUGUAUGAUUGAUGACGGACUUGUGUGGACAGCAGAGGGUACAUUGCUAAUGUCGCGAAGCAGUCCGGCAGCUUGAAGAUAGAGCAGAGAACGGUCGGCGCUCUGGACUUCUGCUGGCUGCAUCGAAAAAACUCCAAAGCGGUGACAGUUGAGAUUUGGGUUGUCCGCGUCCUCCUUGAACUUUCGACAUCGAACCGCGAGGCGAAACUUUUUUCGGCAUAUUGCUCCAGGAAUGGAACGGCAGAGGAGAGAUGCACAAAAAGAAGGAUGUUUACAUUCCUAGAGCGUGAUGAGAACUUAAGAAGAAUGGAGACAGUGGCAUACAGAGCAGCAGCUUCAGCUGGAAGCUGUUGUCGUACCUGAGAACGGUCACUGGGUGGUAUCGGGUAAUGUGGGAAAAACCGCGUGUGAUGUCCGAGGGGAUAAUUGCAGUAGGAGUCGUCACGAAUGUACACCAUGGAUAUGAUGAAGGGAGCUCAGAAUUAAAAUGGACUUCGAGUGCUAGCGAUUGUACUUCAGGUCCGACAAUGCUAUCAAGAACAGGUGCAACACGGAAGUGAAACAACGGAAAUUGCAGCAUCUCAAUUCACUAUGCCGAACAUGGCUGUUUCCACCACCGUCCUCGAGGCGCAUGCGUCCACGAGGGAUUCCGCCUUGCAUAAACAAAAUACUCCGCCACUUCCUCCCAUGCCGCUCUCAUGUGCCUCCUUCCAAGGCAUGGAACGCGAGUUCGGAGAUUAUCCUCUAAUGCCCACCGUCUCGCCUGCAUUGCUGCAACUUUCGGGGAACCGCAAUUUGUCACCUACUCUUUCUCACUACAAAAUGCCGGCGAGUGGAUUCAACAGUAUGAACCCCGUGAGCACGCCCGUGAUGCAUCCCAACUUGGUCAUGACUCUGAAGUCGAUCAUUUCUCCCUCUCCCGAUAUGUGCGACCAGGCGACGAAAGUGGCCGAGACGCUGAAGGGCGUCGAGGGAUACGGUCAGCAGCAGCAGCAGCAGCAGCAGAGCAGUGACAUGGACAGCGUUCUGACAUCGAGCUUGUAUAGCAGCGGCACUCCGCCAUCCGUGCUCAAGCAGGAAGUAUUUCCGCCGGGGGAAGUCGACGACGACGAAGCUGCUGUUGUGUCUGUCGACCUGAUUCAAAAUCGACGGCCUUUCAAGUGCGGAUUCGGAAGCUGCAACAAGACUUUCAAGAACCCGCAGACCAUGAAAAUGCACCACAAAACUCACUACUCGGACGAUUCAUCCUACAGGUUCGGAACGAAUCCACAUGUUCUUUCUACGGUUCCUUCAGCCUACAAGGCGGGCCACAACAAGAAAAUUCCUUCUCGCUGUCCCAUAUGCAAGAAGACAUUUGUGGGCCUUUACGAGCUCAGACGACAUUUCGGACGUAAGCAUUCCGAGGGCGAGAAGACAUUCGCCUGUAAGAAGUGCGGAAAAAAGUUUUACAUCGAGGUGGAUCUGAGGGAUCACGAGAAGCUGUGCGGAGAGCCAAUCGAGUGCAAGUGCGGCAUGAAGUUCGCUUUCAAAUGCAAUUUGGUCGCCCACAAGAAAGGGCAUCCCGAAUGUCAAGACCAUCCACCUUCCGCCGAAGAAGAUCAGCAACAGCUAAAGCAACAGCAGGAAGGUAAGGGUGUCGUAGCUCCUUCGACUCCGAGCGAAAGCCCGCGGUCCACACGAGAUUUAUAUUCAAUGAGACAUAAUCCGCGUAGCGCUACCCGUUACCGGAUGGGUACUGUUUUCCCUAACCCUUCACCAUUUCAUAAUCCCAUGCACGAUCUUUUCUUCAACCAGACGAAGCUGGACAUAAUGGCCAAUGAGUCAUCUCAGACGACAUUACCAGAACUUCCGCUUAUGUUUUCGGACAAUCAAUUGAAAGAUGUUGCGAAGGUGACACCUCAGCAGUUUUCAUCACAAUCGUCUUUAGGAGACAGUUCACUUGUUCCCUCGAAGCCUUAUUUUCAAUCGAAGGGUGCUUCUACGAUUGUCAAUCCGCUGUCAUCUCAGUCAUCACCGGGAUCACUCUACAGGCAGAAUUAUCUUUUCUGAUUUUCUGUGCGUGACGGGUGCUUUGACUUUCUCUCGGAUGUUCGUGACGGUUGGACCACGUUCAAACCCUGAGUGGCGAAUUGGCUAUCCAGAUUGCCACAAGACAAGUGCCAGGGGUUGAAGCCGAAGAUAUGAUGUAAGCAUUCAGCUGAACGGCGUGAACAGAGUCUGUAGGCUGUUGUACAGUAGAGACCGAAGGCUCGUUGUAAAUCCUGGGUAUGUUGUGGGUAUCUUGGCAUCCUGUUCCAGGCAGCGAAGGUAUUUGACGACGUGUGUGAAUUUCAUCCGACCUUUUUUGGAGGGCCGAUGUGUGCUCCCUGGUACAUUCAAAUACACCUUAGAUCUUUUGGAGUUUAGGACAUGGUUUGUAGUCUCGAGGUGUAGGUAGAAUGAAUCCUCAAAACUCUUCUGAAGUAAGAAGUCUUCCAAAGAUUAGAUCUUCUGCUCGGAGAGCGUCACCCAGACUACAGUCCUGAGGCAUACUUGUGAAAUAUUGAAAUACAUCUAUCUGUUGUUAUACGAACACAUGUGCAGUUUUGUGUUCCGUUUUUGUUCUUUUCUACCAAAGAAAUAGUGGGUAUCAAAUUACAGAUAUUACGCGCGUUUCGGCCGUCG